AUGGCGUGUAACGGGCUGAAGGUGGCGGUUGCCACAUAUAAUUUGUACUGGUGGUGCGUGUCCAACAAGUUUGGGAACUGUCCACAAUUUGCUUUUGGAACUGGCUUCACCCAGCUGUACCAGCGAAUUUCCACCAACCCAGUGGACCUAAUCGGAUUCCAGGAGUGUGACAAUGUGGAGCAGGUGGUUGCUGGUGCCGGGCUCUCCAACUUCGGCUACUACUCCACGCCAAGCGGAAACGAUGCUCCCAUGGCUUGGAGCUGGGCCAGGUUCAAAGUCCUAGAGGGACCGGCCAGCGAAUGGAUCGCACAAGACUCUUAUAGCCCAAGAUGGUUGAACUGGGUUCGGCUUCUGGAGUACAGCAGCAAUACCGUGAUCUUCUUCGCCAACACGCAUGGCCCCCUUGGUCAGUGUACAGGUGAGCGUGGACAGCAAGUUGCAGAUGCAUAUUGGAGGUCUAUAUGGAAUCAUAAAAAGCACGAGGACGUCGUGAUUUUCACCGGGGAUUUCAACUGCCGGAUUUGGGAUCAGACACUGGUGUCUUUAAGAGAGAAAUUGGAAGAUGCUGCUUGGGACACAGUGUUUCAAGGGGCGGACCAUAUCUUCGCAGAUCAUGGUGUGGGGCUUUGCAGCCAGGAGAGUACCCUGGGUGCUCCUUCUGACCAUCAAUUCCUAAAGGCUGUUCUGCUUCCGCACGGCGGGCCAGAACCACCAAAGCCGCCAGAGCAUGAGAAGUCACAGAACAGGUCGGUUCAUGCCACUGCGACGGAUGGUUGCCCAAAGCCCCCUUCCAACGGACCUUGCUGCCAUCACUGCAAAAGCAAUCGCUUUUGUCCGGGCGAUGGGGGCUGCUAUGCCGAGGGACAGUUGGGCUGCACUUCAGGAACCUGCGUCCCCAACACUGCCACCCAGCUGCUCCUCUGA